AUGGAGAUGUUCGUAGCAAGCCAGGCAGGACCAGCUCAGGCAGCUCCAGUUGAUACCAGUGGGGGACAAGUUCCUACUCCCACGGUACAAGGGAUAGGUAGUAGUGCAGGGAGCGAUUUGUUGAGGAACUUCAUGGCGCUCCAUCCUCCAAAAUUUUAUGGGGGCAUUAAUGUUUCAGCGGCAGAGAACUGGAUCCUAUCCAUUAAGAAGCAUCUUCGGACGAUGGGAUGCACCAACGAUCAAAAGGAAGCCUUCAAUGAGCACUAUUUCCCCGACUGGGUCCGAGAGAGGAAGAUGUAUGAGUUCAUUGACUUGGUACAGGGAGUCUGCACUGUAGCACAGUAUGAGGCUGAGUUCACUUCGCUAGCCCAUUUUGCUCCGGUGGUGCAGCGGGCUCAUGCUAUUGAGGGGGACUUGGCAGAGUUGCACAAUGAUCAGACGUUGCAGAAAGUGAUGAGUUCAUCCCAGGGAUCUAGUAGCAGUGGUAAAAAGAGGAAGUGGGAGGCACGUCAAGCUAAGGGGAAGAUGACAGUUCCAUUAUGUCCCACUUGUGGUAAGAGACAUAGUGGCGUAUGUCGUAUGGGGAGCAACGUAUGUUAUCAGUGCGACCAACCCGGUCAUGUGCGUUCAGAGUGUCCUCAGCGCCUGGGAGCAGUUGUCAUUGCCCGAGAUGCUGAGAUUACAUGUUUUCGAUGCGGCCGAAAGGGACACCGAGUGGAGCAUUGCACAUUUUCGCCUCAGCCUGGGUUUGGUGGACAACAUUACGGUGGUCAAGGGCCGAGGCCUAAUCAGAGACCGCCUGUGCCUAGAGUUCAGGGAGGGGUAGCACAGCAGAUGGCAGCACCUCCAAUAUAG